AUGUCGGCCGAGUUCACCCCGGCAUCAGAACAGCCGGGCCACACAUAUGACCACGAAAAAGCGGACGAACUUGCCAGAGCAGUCAAGGAGUUUGAAGAAUCCGACCAGCCAAACCUGUCUCACCGCGAACAUGCCUCUCAAUCCAGCCCAGGCACAAGCUUCAACGAAACCUCAAAAGGGAAUCCACCAUGGCAAGCGCGAACUCACCGAGGACGGCUGCUACGACAAGCUCGGCUUUUGCUUUCCCUGGUACAAGAAAUGGAUCCUUACUGUCAUCUUCGUUGCGCAAAUGUCCAUGAACUUCAGCACGGGCGUCUACGCCACUGCGGUCCCGGGACUUCAGGAGGAGAGUUUGGAAUCAGCGCCCAGGCGGCCCGGGUCGGCCAGAUGAUCGUCCUUGUGACAUACGCCUUUGGCUGUGAGCUGUGGGCACCUUGGAGCGAGGAGUUUGGUCGCUGGCCCAUCAUGCCAGCUGAGCUAUUCCUGGUGAACGUCUGGCAGAUUCCCUGCGCCGUGGCACCGAACUUUGGGACAAUCGUUGUAUGCCGGGCGCUCGGCGAGCUUAGCUCGGCCGGUGGCUCAGUGACGCUGGGCAUGACGGCUGAUAUGUGGGAGGCCGAGGAUCAAUGUCAUUCUCUCGUCCGUCGGUGCUUCGACCAUCGGCCCUUUCUUUGGCGGGCACAUCGGGCAAUAUCUAUCCUGGCACUGGGUGUUCUGGGUGCAGUUGAUCUUCGGCGGCGUCACGCAGACCCUGCAUUUAUUCCCUCGUCCCGGAAACGCGCGCCACGAUCCUCAUCGACCGCGAGGGCGUGCCGUCGCCGCACUGCGGGAGAUGACGUCUACGGCCCGAACGAGCUCAAGACACCACGACUGGACGUCAAGGAUGUGAUGCGCGUCUGGCACCGGCCGUUUGAAAGGCUCCUGCGCGAGCCCAUCGUGCUCUGCCUAUCCCUGCUAUCCGGUUUCUCCGACGCCCUCAUCUUUAUCUUCACCGAGUCGUUGGGUCUUGUUUUCGAACAAUGGGGAUUCAGCACCCUCGCCGUCGGCAUGAUCUUUGGCUCGAUCCUGAUCGGCUACGUGAUUGCCUACGUGAUCUUCCUACCGGAUAUCUGGUGUCAGCGCAAGAUCCGCAAAAUGCACGGCCCCGCCGCCAGGCUACCCGAGCGUCGCCUCCUCCUUCUCCUGUUCAUCGCACCCUUGGAACCAAUCGGGCUGCUGGGCUUCGCCUGGACCUCGAUGGAACCCGCCUAUACGCCCUGGAUCGCACCGUGCAUCUUCGCCUGCCCUGAUCGCCAUGGUCAACUACGGUAUCUACAUGGCAACCAUCGACUACAUGGUUGCCGCGUACGGGCCGUACUCCGCCUCAGCGACUGGUGGGAACGGCUUCGCGCGGGCACUGCGACCAUGUAUGCUACUCCUAUGUAUGAGAAUAUAGGGAGCAAGUUCCAUCUGCAGUGGGCGAGAAUUUUGCUGGGCUGCACCGGUGUCCCUGUGCUGAUCCCCUUGUACAUCUUCUAUUGGAAGGGCCCGACUAUCCGGGAGAGAAGCAAGUUUGCGCAGAUGCUGGAGGCAGACCGGCAGCGGCAUAUGAGUCGGCGGGUGAGUUAUUUGUCGGGGAAGCAGAAGCCGUAUGAUGUUUGA